GUGGCUGUGUCUGUGUUUCGUUUGGAAGGCUGCGUCCUCCGGAGGUCCUACGAAGGCCGUCUCGUUUAAACAAGGCUUGUUUAAAGGAGGACACUCGGUGUACUGCAGCCUUCAAAGGACGCGUCCUACCUAACAUGCAGCCUUCCAAAGGAGACACAGCCACAGCCAGCCAUUCAUUUGUGUAGUAUCCGCAAACGGUGACUUACUGUCGUAACACGCUACUUGACCGUUACGUUUCGCUCUCUCUAUGAUAGUAAAUAAAAUAAUCUUUGAAACUGCUGCGUUAUUAAAGCAUGAAUCUGACCUUGUAGUUGUAGAGUCAUGGCAAGUUUGACGCGCCUGAGCACUAUCUGCCAAAGAGCAGUAAGACCUGUGCUUCUCGGCAACACUCAUCUGUCACUUGGAUUGGUUGCUUUUCAGAAGAAUCGAGAUGUCGAGGCUUUCCGUUUGGCUGCUGGAAGGAUCCACGCAGCUUCAUCACACUCAGAGAAAGAAAGUCAUACACAUCUGGGAUGGCAUGAAGCUGUUUCAAGUUCCAGGGCAGCGUCCAAGCACUGGACAGGUGAACGGGUAUUGAGCAUAGUUCUGUUAGGCAUGGCUCCGGCAGCAUACCUGUACCCUGGCAUGGUAGUGGAUUACUCUGUUGCUGCAGCUCUCACGCUACAUGGACACUGGGGGAUUGGUCAAGUCCUAACUGACUAUGUCCAUGAUGAUGCCAAAAUUAAGCUGGCUAAAGCUGGCCUCUUCGUGCUUUCCACAGCCACAUUCUUUGGUCUCUGCUAUUUUAAUUACCAUGAUGUUGGCAUCUGCAAAGCAGUUGCCAUGCUGUGGCAAAUAUGAUUAAUUGGCCAGAAUUAAAUUGCUUUCAAGGUUUUUAAGGAGAAUUGUGUUAAGGAUUCAUCACCAUUUUGCUACUUGUCGCAGUCUGUUGAACUAUGCCUUUAGCUUUACAUAAGGCAACAUAAGUGUCAUAUGUAUUAUUUAUUGUUCCAUGUUAAUGUUAUUUGUCUUAUUGAUAUUUCAUAGAAACAUUUGAGUUGUUUGGUUUUCACUAUGUUGGUUUAAAUUAAGAGUUAUCCCUUUUAUUUCACAUUGCUCUGCUGAUGACCUGUAAUUUGCUGUUAAUAAAUUUUUUUCACUGAAAAUUAGCAUUUAGUUCUGAAGUUGUUGUCAGCGUCCAGCAGAGGUCAGAGUUUCAGUUUAAUUGGGAAUGCAUAAUUGUAGUCAAGGUGACUGAUGGUCACAUCUGUUUAUAAUAUGCCUUAAAAUAUAUUUAUUUGUUUUUUUGUUUUGUUUUUUCUCAAGCAUGACACUAUAGUAUUCUCAAACAUAUUAAGAUGGUAUAAAAAGCAAAUACACAGUCAGGUAAUUUUACUUUGGGGCACAAACCGUUAAUAAACUGUAAAGACCCAUCACUGCUUUAAUUUUUUCUCUAUAUGCUUAGUUGAUUUAUGGUCAUAAUCCUAACCUAAAAUUAACCAAAAAUAAUUUAGCAAGUUGGCGUGAUACAAAACCUUUGGAUUUUCAUAUACUUUUCAUUUAGAGUGGGAAUCAAUAGGGACAUAGCAAUGCAAUUAUAUGAUAUAUUAAACAUUGCAAUUCAAUUAUUUAUUUGACUUAAUCUUUUUUAUUAUGCACAAGCAACUGAGACUUAAAUAUGGAAUCACUUGCAGAUUGUAUGUUUCACAUCAAGUUUGUUUUGGAAAACCAAAUUUACCAGCUUGAAUGUAUUUAGAGCACCCUCUCUGAAACAUGAAUGGGACAUUAACUCAACAUUUACAGAAUUUAAGCUUAUAAAGGAUAAAAAGGAUAAAUAUUAAUCCCAUACACCUUCAUUGGUAAUGUACCUGACAGAUAAAAUGCAAGUCAUUUAAGGUGAAAAUAUUUGUAUGUCAAUGAUAUGCCAUUAGUGGAAAAUUUAGAGUCACCUUUUUUAGAGUCACAAACUGUCAUAAAAUAUAUAUAUUAUAUCUUAAUAAACCUCAGCAAUGAAUUGACUAUCAUUCUACUCUCCACCAACACCUGGUGUGUGGUGAGCGUACUGGGGCACUAUAGCUGCAUGCCGUCACAUCAUCCAAGUGGAUGCUGCUCACUGUUGGAUGAUUAGAGUCCCUUAUUCACUAUGUAUAGCACCUUGAGUGUAGUGUCAGAAAAGCACUAUAUAAGUGUACCAUUCAAUCACUGUUAAAUGUCACAUUCCAUUGUGAUUUAUAGAGUAUAAAGUGUGAUUAAGGCUAUUGGGGUAUGUUGUAACAAGUGUAACAAUAAACUGUAUUUAUUUUCCUUUGUGGUGGAAAUCUUCUACAGCUUUUUAUAUCCAAGACUUUUAAGAUGUAAGCCUAUACAGAAAUUGACUUUCAAAAAAAAUAACCUAACCAGAGAAAAAUUUACUGUGGAAUAAAAAGUGUGGUAGCUGA